UAAUAUCCUCGUGGGGUUGGUGAUUUGAGAGUGCAGCUCCCUAUAUUGGCAUAUUCAAGAAAAAUCCAAUCUAUUUAUGGAGUCGUAGAAUAUUAGCUACAUCCUGGCCUGCACCCAACAAAUUCCAAACUACUUUACUACCUUACAAUUCACCAUUGUUUUCGGCCUUGUACUUUUCUCUCUCUGUCAAGUCAACCCAUCUUCACCAAUUUUUCACUUUUCUGUCAAAAACCCAUAAAUUAAAUGGCUAUAUUGAACGCAAAAUCUUCACAAAAUUCAACGAUUUCUAAUCCCAAUUCGUAUUGCGCGGUGGUUCUUGGUGGCUCCUUUGAUCGGUUACAUGACGGCCAUCGCCAGUUUCUUAAGGCGGCGGCGGAGGUGGCGCGGGACAGAAUUGUGGUGGGUGUGUGCGAUGGUCCUAUGUUAACUAAGAAACAGUAUUCUAAUCUUAUAGAGCCUAUUGAACGAAGAAUGCAAAAUGUUGAAGAUUAUAUUAAGUCUGUAAAGCCGGAGCUAGUUGUGCAUGUAGAACCCAUCAUGGAUCCCUAUGGUCCAUCUAUAGUUGAUGAGAAUUUGGAGGCUAUCGUCGUUAGGUUUGUAUCUCUUCUAAGAAAUGCAAUUCUCUUUUUACUUCAAAUUUUCUCUGCAUUUUUUAGCCCU